UCGCGAGAGCAGCGCCGCCGGGCGGGCUCUGCCGCCGGGGCCGUGCGGCCAUGGAGCCCGGCCUGGAGGAGCUGAUGCCGCGGCUGCUGCCCGUGGACGACUGUGACCUGGCCGAGGACUUCGACCCCACCGUGCCUCCCAGGACGCCGCAGGAGUAUCUGAAGCGCGUCCAGAUUGAAGCAGCUCGAUGUCCUGACGUGGUCGUGGCACAAAUAGAUCCCAGAAAAUUAAAAAAGAAACCUACAGUAAACAUUUCAAUUUCUGGAUGUCAGCCUGCUCCUGAGGGAUACUCUCCAACACUCAAGUGGCAGCAGCAGCAAGUGGCCAAUUUCUCAGCUGUUCGUCAGAGCCUGAACAAGCAUAGGAAUCACUGGCGGUCACAACAUUUGGACAGCAAUGUUACGAUGCCAAAAUCAGAGGAUGAAGAAGGCUGGAAGAAGUUCUGCCUCGGUGAAAGAGUAUACUCAGAAAUAGAUGCACUAUCUGCUAAUGAAAAUUUAGGAAUUGAUUACAUGAAGGUGGGCUUUCCCCCUUUGCUAAGCAUUGUAAGCAGGAUGAAUCAGGCAACAGUAACCAGUGUCUUAGAACACCUGAUAGGCUGGUUUGGAGAGAAAAAGUUUACUCCAGAACUGGGUAGAUGGCUUUAUGCACUGUUGGCAUGCCUUGAAAAACCUUUGCUACCUGAAGCUCACUCCCUCAUUCGGCAGCUGGCAAGACGAUGUUCAGAAGUCAGGGCACAGGAGGAGAGCAAGAAUGAAGAACAAAUAUCAGCUCUGAACUUGAUAAUCUGCUUAGUUAGCAGGUACUUCGAUCAACAGGACCUGGCUGACGAGCCUUCCUAGGCAGUUUUGAGAACAUCCAGUACAAACAGCAUUAUCAGAGUGAACAGCAAAACACUGCACUGUUCAGACCUGAAGUAUUACACAAUCCCUUCAGAACACCCUCACACUAAUGCAUUUGGGACAGUUGUGAAUUACUGAGAUUGCCAGUGUCUCCAAUACCAUCAUCAUAAAGUGGUAACAGAAGUGUCCAGCAUCAUCCCUCAAGCUCUUGUCUUUGUAAACGACAUUCUUGGUUAGAAAUUUCUACAAUCUGAAUAAUCUAUGGACACUGCUAUUAGGUGAAGUUUGAGGUUACAUUACAAAUUAUUAUUCUUUUUCUAACAGACUUAAUUGAAGACUUUUAAAUAAAACUAAAGGAUUUUAAAGA